AUGAGCAAUUAUAAUAACAAACAUCAUGACGAUGGUAAUCCAUUUUAUAAUGAACCAAUUAAUACAUCACCAACUCAACAACAACAACAACAACAACAAAAUUUAUUCCCAAAUACAAAUAUAGACUAUAACGAUUAUACACAAAAUAGAGGUCAACAACAACAGCAGCAACCAGCUUACCAACCAGACUUACAAUUCCAAAGUUUUUCACAUGAUGUUGAUGUAAAUUCAAAUACUUCACCAAAUAAUAAUAAUAAUAAUAAUAGUAAUAAUAAUAAUAGUAAUAAAAUCGGUGGAAAUAGUAGUAAUAAUAAAUUUUCAGAUAAUGUUCCAUUAAAUACUAAUGAAGAUGGUACAGAAAAGAAAUAUAGUUUUUAUGAGGUACCAUAUUAUAGAUUCCUUUUCAAUGUUGAUACAAAAGAGGUUGGUCUUCGUUUAAUUAGAUCAAUGUUACCAAUUAAAUUUUCAUUUUUCAAUCUCAUCAGGGAAAAUCCUGAUUUAUAUGGUCCAUUUUGGGUUUUAACUUCUUUAGUUUUCAUUGUUGCUGUUACUUCAAAUUUAAAUGAAUAUUUUCAUUCAAGUGAUCAUAAAAGUUGGGAAGUUGAUAUUCAAAAGAUUGUUUAUAGUGCAAUUACAAUUUAUGGUUAUUCAUUUGUAAUUCCAUUAAUUUUAUGGGGUAUAUUUAAAUGGAUGAAUCUUGGACUUAGAUUAUUGGAUAUGUUAUGUAUCUAUGGUUAUACAUUAUUUAUUUUCGUUCCAGCAUCAAUUCUUUGUGUAAUUCCACUUCAAUUAGUUCAAUGGAUUAUUGUAGCAAUUGCAUCAAUUGUUUCUGGUUUGUUUUUGGUAACAAAUAUCUUUACACCUUUGAAAGAGGAUUUCACAAAAAGAGGUUUAAUCAUUUGCGCUGUAAUUGGUGCAUUACAUAUAGGUUUAGCUUUAGUAUUAAAACUUUAUUUCUUUGCAAAUAGUACUGAAAACUUUACAAUCUCUGAUAGUUCUUCAACACCAACUCCAACUCCAACUAAUACCACUAAAUUAUUAUAA